GUAAUAACUUAGAGGUUGAUUUCCAGUAUGACGAUGAGGAAAAUGCGAGUGAUGCAUGAUUGGUCGGAACUUCAACAUGAUCUACUAGUUCUAAUAGUUAGAAAUUUAAAUUUGAUUGAAGACUACCUUAACUUCGGUACUGUCUGCAAAUCGUGGCGUUCUGUGGCCACCAAGGACAAUUUUAAUAGUAACUUGCCUAGUGUUCCAUGGCUAAUGCUUGCUGAGGAAGAGGAUGAUGAUACCUGUAGGAAGUUCUUUAGUCUGUAUAAUGGCAUGAUUUUGAAGAAGAGUAUUCCGAAGGCUAGGGGGAAACGAUGUAUGGAAUCUAUGGGAUGGCUUAUCACAGUCGGAAAAUAUGAGGGUGAAAUUAGUCUGCUACAUCCCUUCUCCGGUGUCCAAAUUGAGUUGCCCCAUCAAAAUACCGUUAUAUUUCAUGACCACUCUGAAGAGCCAUGGACCUUUAUCAAGAAAGCAGUUCUGUCAGCUAAUCCUUCUCAUACAUCUGACUACAUUCUCAUGGUCAUUUCGGGACCCCAUGACCAACUUUGUUUUUGGAGACCAGGAGAUUUGUUAUGGACCAAUUAUAUUGAGGAACCGACCGCUUACCGACGUUUUACUGAUGUGGUAUAUUCCAAUGGCCAAUUUUAUGCAGUCACUAGUAGAGGCAGGGUCCAAGUCUUUGUUGUUAUUGGCCAUAGACUCACUAAAUGUCGUACCGUAGCGCAAAUAGCUAAUCAACAUUCAGAACAGUUCUACAUCCUGGAAUCACUAGGAUCAUUGUUUGUAGUUAUGCAAAGUGGUAAAGAAAUAAGUGACCCCGGAGAUGAUAAUGAAGUGCUGACCUAUGGAACAACACAUUUUCAUGUUUACCGGGUCAAUUUAGCUGCUCGUAAAGUGAAGGAAACCAGGGAUAUAAGGGACCGAGCUUUUUUUCUGGGUGCUAAUGCUUCUCUUUCGGUCCAAGCUUCUCAAUUUCCAGGCAUUAAGCCCAAUCAUAUAUAUUUUACAGAUAAUUGGUUGGAUGCAUAUAUCCAUCUUGAAGAAGGAGGUGGCUUGGACAUGGGGGUGUUCAACAUAGCAGAUGGCAGUAUCCAGCCGCAUUAUGAUGGUGUUUCCCUCAGUCUUGUUUGUCCUCCAAUUUGGGUCACACCAACUCCCAGUUGAGUGAGUCAUCUUUACUUAUUCACUCUAUUCAUUAUGCUAUAUGUUCUUGCUUUACUCUGAA